AUGUUGCAUUUUGUGCAGGUUGCCGUGACAUUCACAGCAGACCAGUUUCAGGGCAUUUAUCGUGGCAAGAAGUACCAUGACCCUGAUUUUGGCGCGGUGCUGAACAGGGCCCAGGAGUAUGGUUGCGAGAAAGUCAUGCUUACCACAAUGACACUUGCAGGAGCUCAUGAGAACCUCAAGGUAGUGAGGGAGCUUCCUGACGUAUGCACAAUGACAUUAGGAGUGCAUCCGUAUCACGCCGGAGAGAUAUACGAAGGCCAGGACGGGGUCGAACAUCUGCAGAGCCUUGAGAAACUUGGCCAGGAACUUCUGGCAGAGCAGCCGUCGCCGCUUGCAGCAUUUGGAGAGAUCGGUCUUGACUAUGAGUACCUUGACCGCGCCGACAAGAUCACCCAGCAGCGGGCAUUCCGCGAUCAGCUAGAUAUAGCUGUCCGGAUGCAGCUUCCUCUCUUCCUACACGUGCGCGAGUCAUGCUCGGAUUUCAUUGAUAUUAUUCAGCCAUAUCUGCCCAAGCUGCCACGGGGCGGAUUGGUGCAUUCCUUUACCGGUUCCAGGGAAGAAAUGCAGCAACUGGUGGAACUCGGCCUUGAUAUUAGUGUCAAUGGUGUUUGCUUCCGGACAGAGGAACAGCUGGACAUGGUGCACCAUAUUCCCCUUACAAGCUUGCAUUUAGAAACAGAUGCUCCGUGGUGUGAGGUACUAAGUAACGAUAAAAAAAUUGCUCCAUACCUGGCAACCGCUCGGCCUCUGCCUCCGUCAAGAAAGCAUAACAAAUUCAUAGCCGGACAGAUGGUCAAGAGUCGGAAUGAGAGCUGUACCAUAGAACGAGUAGCUCUAGUCGUGGCUGGGCUAAAGGGGGUACCGGUAGAAGAAGUGGCUCAAGCAGCGUGGAAUAACAGUGUCCGUAUGUUCGGAUUGGGUGUUCAGAAGUAG